AACGCACACCUCCAUCAUCCCUGCGAUCUGCAUCCCAUUCUCUCCAUCGCACAACACCGUCAAUCGGAAUUCAACUGCCGACCCCCAUCAGUAUCCUACUCCCUGACAAUAACGAUGCAGAUCUUUUAAUCGGGAAGCGUGCCUCUGACUCAAUCGCCGACAACAAACCCAUCGUUAGAUGAAGAACAGGAUGGCUGCAAACCUAGCGAUAACAACGACCUGCUUUUAAGAUUAAGGAUAUCUUUGGUGUCUAGCAUCAGAGAACUCUUGCAGAGAGCUCAUCUGGAAAGCAAACCUGGCAUGGCGCUGGUGUUGGUUUUGGAAAUCAUUAGUGUUUCUUUUUUCAUCCUGCACACUCCAAUGAAAACAUACAUACUUCAUGCAAAUCGUAGCUGGCCAUUCUGGACGAACAGGCAUCUGGAGAUCAUGCUGUGCGCAUUUGACAAUAACCAUCAGUCUGGGCGAAGGCCAGUUUCGCAGAGCAAAGAAGGCCUUGGUGGAUUUGGCUAUAAGUGUGCUUGAUGAGAUAGAGUCUCACAAUACAUCCAUUUCUCAUAAAAACCGUUUUUCGGGCGUCAAAGGAAUUAUAGUAACAGUAAUAAAUCUUUAACCCAAUUUCGUUCACUAUCUUGGAGUGUUACCAAGAACUUGUCAGCAUCCAGACAACUCCAAAGUCCAAACCAUUGGGAACAACAUAUCUCCCCCAAGAAACAGCAAAAUUGUGGCUUCCAAUGGAUUGUCAUUGUCUAUCUCCACUAUCUAUGAGCUAUGUUAUUUACUUUGUGACUGCAUAUAACCACAAAACAACAGAUUGAAGAUAGACAAUGACAAUCCACUAUCUAUGGGCUGUUGGAUUGUCAUUGUCUAUCUCCACUAUGUUAGUUUUAGUCCUACAUUAACCUUUAA